UGUAUAAUAUUCCUUUACAACAACGCAAGUGGUAGAAAAAAAUAAAAAUUUUUGAUGAUGAUGUGAAUUACAAACAGUGUAUUAAAAAACUGCAUAUUCAAUAGUUUAACAAGAAAAAAAAAAAUAAUAAAAAAUAAAAGCAUGAUAGACAUGAUUUUCAUGAUCUUACACUGGAAGUACAUUAAAAAUGGACGAAUCACCCAUAACACUGACCAGCAUUAUAUUGAUAGCAGUUUUUCUUAUAAUACUUGGCAUGAUAUUGUAUCGUUAUUUUGGAAAUCGAGAAACAUUUUGGUCACGUUCUUAUAAAGAGGAAAAAAUUGGACUAUCCGCUCAUAAACUUUUCAAGCCUAAUGGGUAUAUGAUUCAUUCUGGUUCCGAACUAUUACUCAGUUCUAGUGGUAGCUUUAAACGUUUCGAUACGGUAGACAAAGAAAGUUGUAAAAAUAGCCAAAACUCUCCCAAACACGCAACAACGCCAUUGUGGAAUUUAUCACAAAACGAAAGUGAAAUACCACCGCAACCCUUAAGACCGGCACCAGCUCCCAGCUCAUCACAAACGGCAGGCAGUGUGGGACAUACCAAAAUUGUUACCUUUUCGGUGAAUCUUGAAAACGAAAGCCCAUUCGUUAGUCAGCACAACAGCAGGGAAAACGGCGAUAUGUUUAGAUCGGGAAUAUUACAAUCGAAUUUAAAACGACCGGUUGAUAUACCAGUCCUAGAAGCACCGCCUCAAACGAAACUAACAAAUAAUAUAGUGGCCUCACAAACAGCCACCGCAAUACCACGUCCUGUGGUUAAGAAAUCACCUCAACAAAAUGGCUUUUAUAAGGAAGACAAUCCCCAGCAGCUGUUGUCGGGUUCCAGCGACAGUGACCCAGAUCAGUUGCAACGUGCAAAUAACACAAAUCCUUUUCUAGAAAAUUUACCUAAAACACAACCUAACAGCACUGCCUUAAAAACAAACAACCAAACAACGACCAAUGAGCCUGCAAUAACAAUUGCAAAUCCUUUUGUGGAAACCCAUAAUAUAAACGAUGUCACUUCGUCGAAUAUCGAAGAUCAUUUCGCGGAGAAGGGCCUUGGUUUGCCUAGAUCAUUUAGGAAUCGUUCAUAUUCCGAAACUGUAGCUGACGAUAAAGAGGAAUCGGCUACAAUUUCUUUGCGUAAUAUCACAAAUGCUUUCCAUACCAGCCCCAAUACUACACCCAAUCCGGGUAAUCCUUUUUCUCAUGUGGCUCGCAAAAUUAAGGGACCACACAUGCUGCAGAAAACAAUUUCAGAAGAUUUUCUAUUUCGCAAGUUGGGCUCGGCUCCAAAUGCCAAUGGUGUUAUUAAUGGCAACAAUGGCAAUAAUACCUGGAGUUUUGGUCGUCUUCUAAUGCAAGAGGAUGCUUCGUUUAAUCUGUGGCGUCGCAACAGUUCACAAACCUCUUUGGAUUCGGGCAGCAUGGCUUCGUUGGAUGGUGUUAAUUUGGAGCGUGCCAUAUCCUGUGAUUCAGUCGAUUCGGAUUUAUCGACUACGGGUUUUACUAGUGAUUUUGAUCAGUCUACUUAUACACAAAUAACGGGGUAUUUGUGCGUGGGUUUGCAUUAUGAUAAGAAUUCCAUAACGGAAGAAGGCAUGGAUUUACAAGUGAGUGUUUUGGAAGCUAAAGGUUUGGUUUUACCCUUUAAAGUGGAUUCACUGGAUACUUUUGUGCGCAUCUAUUUAGUACCAGAUCAAGCGGGAGCUUUGCAAACUAAGAUUGUUAAAGAUUCUCCAACACCCACAUAUAAUGAAACCCUCAACUUCUGGUUGACUCGACAACAAACACGUCAUUCUUUAUGGUUUCAUUUGUAUCACAAUGGAUCAGCUCACACAUUAAUCGGUGAAGCUGAAAUGGAAAUUGGGGAAAUGCCUAAGCCGAUUACCACAUGGAUACCCCUAACCGAUUCGCGUAAAUGCAAUGCCAAAUGGGGCGAACUAAUGUUUUCUCUUAGUUAUUUGCCGACGGCCGAACGUCUAACGAUUGUUGUGGUCAAAGCGCGUAAUAUACAACUACAAGUGCCAAGCAAGGGAGAUCCCAAUAAAUUACAGGAUAUACAAAAUGUAUUUGUCAAGGUUUAUUUAAUGAAUAACGAAAAGAAAGUUCUCAAGAAACGUACUUCAUUGAAACGCAAAGAUCGUUGUCCGGUCUUCAAUGAAUCCGUGAUAUUUAGUUUACCGCCACAAAGUCUAACAACGACACAAUUACGCCUUACGGUAUUUGGUGUAAUUGAUGAGACUACGGUCACGCCACUUGGUCAUGUUGUAGCAGGUAGUUGUGCUACCGGCAAGGGUUUACGUCAUUGGCAUCAAAUGCUUUCAUCUUUACGCAAACCGGUUGCAAUGUGGCAUGUUUUGAGGCGUGUCACAAAUCAACCGGUAUUUACUGGCGGUGCAGAUGCAGUUGUAGCCGCUAUGCAAACUACAGCUCAACGUGCCAAGCGGAAUAGUGUAUUCUAAGAAGGACAAAUAAAUACAAACACCCAUAAUAUAGCAUGAGUACCAUCAUCAUUAUCAUCAUUUCGCUGGUAUAUAUUUGAAAUGAAUUUAACACAUAAUUCCUGCAUAACAAUCCUUUGUUGAAAAUGAAUGAAUUGAGUAAGUAAGUAAAAUAUUUGAAAUAUGAAUUCGGUAUUUAGUCUGAAUUUUUUGUAUACUUAUCAGUGGUAUUUUUGUGAUUUUUUUUUGGGGGGGGAGGGAAAAAUAAGGAAUUGAGAAGUUGUUGUAUAAGUACAGUAUCUUAAGUAGUUAUCUCAAUUUGUUUAGGGUAGUGUUUGUUUUUGUGGAUUUUUUGAUUUAUUACGAUAAAGACUUUUUAACAUUAGCCGAACAAUUUAUUUUCUUUUGAAAUAAAUAAAUUUAAAUUGAUUGGAUCAUGAACUUUGCCUUCCAUAGAUCUGGAAGUCUAUUCUGUAUAAUCUUUCAGUAAAUAAGAAACUUAUCUACUGUCAUGUUCCUACUUGAUCUUUCUAAUAUUCUUCCAAAAUUAAAUUAGUGUAUUACAGAUGAGAUUGUUCUAUAUGAGAUCGAAAAUCUUUACGAUCACCAGAAUUUUUACUGGUUCUACUUAUAUUUGAAUGUCUCAAAGAUGUUCUACUAUCUAUAGUGUACAAUCUGAACCACAAACUCGCCCAGUGUAAUAAGCUUACUCAUUUCAAUUUCAUAAUGUUCCUUCAACCUAUUCAGAAAUGUUGAACAUUAGUUUAUCGCUGACAACAGUCUUUCUUAGUCGGGACCUAUUUUCAUCUAUGGGGUGUUGUCAGUUAAUAUCGUUUGAACAUAAAGAACUUUAAUAGCUGCUAUAACUUUUAUAGCAGAUUAAAACCAUACAAGGUCUUAAAUCUUCAAAAUUGUAAGAAGUAUAGCAGGAAAUCUUAAAGAUGUCCUAAUAUCCGUCAUCACAAGAACAUAAUUUCUCUUGCCUCUUCUUAGUGUAAUCUCGAGAGUGUCUUUUUCAGUCAUUUCUCUUUGUAUUAUAUAUUUUUAUUUGUAUCAUUCAUUGAUCUUAUAAUAUCCUCAUUAUAGGCUUUAAAUUUGGAGCAAGAGCUCUAUUCGACGUUCAUCUUUAAUUUGAUCUACAUGAUUCCUUGAAGUCAUAAGAUCUAAAAAUCAAGAGAUUUGUUAUUAAAAAAUUUGCCUUGAUCUAGAAUAUUAAAAUCAGGGAGUCUAUUAGGUUCCUAUAGCUUUCUGCUGUUUUAAGAAUUUUAACCUUUGAAGUCCAUUGAGUACAAAGAUUUUUUACUCAAACAUUUGGAUUGAUCUGCAACAAGGAGUUCUAGCAAGUGUCUAUAUCCAUUAUAUCAGUUUUUUAUAGUUCCGUAAUUAUUCGAUCGAGAAAGUUUCUACAGAAUAAUAAAAUUUUAGUUUUCUCACUAAGAGUGAGAUUUGGCAUGACAUAAUGAAGUUAGGUUAAAAUGAGAUUUUCAGAUUGAAGAAAUAUUUGUAGGCCAUAAUUUGGCCUAUAGAGCACUCCUUUAAGUGGAAAAUGUUGCUGGAAAACCUCUUUACGGAGAGAUAUUACAUACCUAUAUCUAUAAUAACAUUGCUCCUACGAUAUUUUAAUCUGAUUUCGAUGAAAGUUUGAAAUGACCAGGACAAAUUUUACAUUUACAUUUUCUAUUUUUGUAGUUUCAAAAUUUCAAUGAUUUUCGUAAAGAUAUAUAGGCAAAAUUCUUUUUGAUUUUUUAUUAAAAAGUUAAUAAAUUAAUUUGUAUGUAUAUAAAAUAAUGUGCUAAUUAUUAGACCAAAACUGUAGAUAAAACAAUCAGUAUUAAAUAAAUAUUUAGCAUAAAUAUAUUAUCACCAAUAACACUGAUAAAUAUACAACAAAAAAGUAUGAAAACGAGUUCCCAUUUAAACUAAUUAUAAUUAAAAUGAUCCAAGUACAAUUUUUGAAUCCUUAAACGAUUUCACCUUAAACCUAAAACAAAAAAAGUUAUAAAACAAAUUUCCUGUACAUACACCCAAUCAAUAUAAUAGUAAAUUCACCUUCAUAUUUAAAAGAUCAAAUCAAUAAUAUUUACAAAUUUUAUACUUUUUAUUAAAGAAUACAUAUAAUUAAUAAUAAAAUAAAACAAAUAAAACCCAAACUUUGUAUUUAGCUUAAUCGUCCCUCUUAGUUAUAAACUAUAAACUCAAAUGUUGGUUUGUUUUUUUUUUAUAUUUAUAAAAAAGAAUAGUAAAUAAUUAAAUUAAUUUUCAUAUACAAUUUGUAGCAAAAUUUUUGA